AUGCAAGAACCAUUGAAUUAUGCGGCUGAUUGUAUUCGUCUUGUUGGCUAUGUUAUUUUUCAUGAUCCAUGGCCAAUAAUUGAUGAUAAUAAUAUGAAAAAAUCAUGUAAUAAAACGGAUGAAAUUUGGAAGCGAGAAUUUGAUAGUGAUAUAACGACAGAUCAUCUUUACAAUACAAUUGAAGAGGCAGCUGAUUGGUACGAUGAGUAA